AUGCGCCGUGUGUCAACGGAGGAACUUGCCAACACGAUUAUGAAACAGGUGCCUACACCUGCCAAUGUCCAGCUGGGUUCAAUGGCAAGAAUUGUGCUCAUUAAUUUUUCCUUGAAAUUCCGCACAGAGUGGGAAAAAGUCAAUACCAAUCAAGUGUGCUUUUCUGCCAAGGGAAAUCAGUAUGGCACCUUUAACGUGCCAAAAACUGGUGAAAUCAAGGCUUUCAAGCUCGUCUAUCUGUCGGGUAGAGUUGCAGCGUACGGCGCUGGAAACAACUGGGGAACAGGGGGAACACGUUUAGAUACAAUCAUCACCAACACCGUCAAUCAAGUCCUAAGCCCACCCCAGAGCAUUUUGCACGCCACUUAUUACAAAUAUAGUCUUCCAGGAGUGAGUGCAUCUGAUCCAGAGCUCAUCUUGCCCGAGAUGAAUCCUCCACUCGCUGUUACAGCGGGCCAGACGUUUAGAGUGUGGUUUGGCGAGGAUCUGAAGGGCGCCUCCGAGAGUGACAAUAGCGGUACUACCUGUGCUGACGUCUAUGUCAAUUACAGGCAAUAAAUAGUAAUAGAAAAUCAAACAAGGGGAACCCAUAGAAAUUUGCAUUGUGGUCUAGCUUGGGUACAAACAUCUGUUGUUCAUCAUGCCUUACAUGGGUGUUACUUGUAUCAAAACAAAUGCAUUCUGUUUAUCGAACUCAGAAAAGUUUUAUGACUUCCAGGAGAUAAGAGUUAGAUGUUGCGAUUGUAUGUUUGACACGAGUCCAUAACUAAUAAGCCGUUCUGAGGUUACGGAAAAGAGUGGGUCAAGUUGGCAUUGCAGUGCAUUGUAGGACUGUUUAAGGGGACAUUCCUUCUCCUAAAACAGUCCCAAAAUGCACUGCAAAUCUUACUCGGCCCAUACUUUUACUUGACCUCGGAAUGGCUAAGCAAAGCUUAAAAAACUUAAAAAACUUAAUCAAAGCAGAAAGAUAGUCAUUUCACCAUAAUUUCUCUCUGAUCACAGAGACUUGAAGACAUCACAUUGAAUAUUGACUUUUUUCACAAAAAGUACAGUGUAUCGCUAAUUUGUAAAAUAACUGAUCUAGAUAUGGGCAACAUUACCUAUUCCAUAAUCAGACUAAACAUUCUAUACUUGAUCAAGUUACGCAGUUUAACACAACACAAUACACUGACUUCUGUUACCACGACAAACAUCUAUGAUAACUCAUAAAUUGAUCUUUUAUAUAAAUGGACAUUAAGAACACCACUACAUCCUCACAACGUACCCACAAACCGUAUUCAUGUUGCUAUACUAUGGUUAUGAUAGUAUAAUUCACUGUACACAAUAUACUAAUCUUGGUUGUAGCAUUCAGUUAUUCCCAGUUUUCCCAAUCAUCCUCCUGGAAAUGAAACAUGAAUAAACUUGAUUUUGGAAGA